AAUAUGAGACAUAAUUGACUGUAAUUGUUUUUGUAUCCUACAAUUUGGCCCCCUGGCAGUGAGAAUUAAAUGAACGUGGCCCUUGCUGUGACCAAAGUUGCCCAUCCCUGGUUUAGAGAGUCUGUCCAUCUUGUUGUUUCUGAACCCUUUAAUGUGUCCUUCUUCAAAGAUGGCGGCAUGUUAAAGCCAGAAGAGUCCAAACAUCUGCAGCUAAACAAAGAUAACAUGUCAAAACCCAGGACGCUUAGCAUUACUGCUCAGUCAAAAAUAAAAUUACACACUGGAGAUGUGUAAUUUAUGACUUGGAGCAACCCUUUACUGGUAACCAGUAGGAACUGAAACAACACACACACACACAAACACACACACACACACACGUCUCCGUCCCUUGAACUGACAGUUUCCUGUGAUUGUGUCCCUGCAGGUCUGUAGUGAUGCCCAUCGCUCAGGAGUUCUCUCCAGACGUGGUUCUGGUGUCUGCUGGGUUCGAUGCUGCAGAGGGAAACCCCGCUCCUCUUGGAGGGUACAAGGUCUCCGCCAAAUGUUUCGGCUUCCUGACCCGCCAGCUGAUGUCUCUGGCAGGAGGCCGUCUGGUUUUGGCCCUUGAGGGAGGUCAUGACCUCACAGCUAUCUGCGACGCAUCAGAAGCCUGUGUCAGCGCACUCUUGGGCAUACAGGAUCCACUGGCAGAAGAAGUCCUCCUCCAGAAGCCCAAUGCUAACGCAGUCCGCUCGCUGCAGACCGUCAUACAGAUACAGAGUCAGUACUGGCAGAGUGUGAAGGCCUCCAGUGCAUCAGUGGGUCUGUCUCACCUGGCUGCUCAGAGGAGAGACUGUGAGGAGACGGACGCUGUCAACGCUUUGGCCUCGCUCUCUGUGGGAGUGCUUUCCAACAAGAGCCUUCCAGAUGAGCCGAUGGAGCAUGACAGCGACUCCAUGUAGACGACCAAAGUGACCGAUCACCUCUCACGUUCAGGAUUUUGGGGCCCCACCGACUUCCUGCGCUGUUAUACGACCAUAAGGGGACUUUCUUUUUUGUGAUGCCACUGAGCCCCACCCAUCUGCCUUAUUCACACUUCAUCCACACAUCGAAAAAAAAAAACACAAUGCUGAACCUCGACGGACCCGCUGUACGACCACCUCAAUGCUGGUGAGCACUCAGCUGACGCCAGCAGCACUACCUGCAACCGGGGAACCUUCAGAAACCUCACCAAAGAGCAAUACAAGACAUUUUUGAAUAGACUUUUACAUCUCUGGUGACUAACGGAGGACUUUGUGUAUUAAGUACCAAACCUUUGAGCUACAGACAGAAUUCCAAGGAGCACUAUGUUUUUACCAGCAGCUGCUUUAAUCGCCUUAACUUUGCCUUAACGUCAAACAUCAGGUGCAGAAGGAGGACACUUUGGAUUAUAAAUUCCUUUUUCCUUUGCCACUUUGCAAUUUCAAAAAUGCAGACCAAACAAGAUGCAAAAAGGCUGACAGGGAUACAGACCCUCAAACGUCAGGAGAAAGCACACACACACAAAAUAUCACAGAGAAGGCAGCAGCUUCAAAUUCCCAGGAGGCGCAGAGAUGAUCUGUUUUCAUGAUGUCAUAACUCGCAGUUUAACCACUAAAAGAAGACGACAAAGAACUCGACAAAGAAGGAACGAGAGGAACAUGAAGAUUACAAACUGUGGUUUUUUUGUCGAAACAGAGAAAGAGGGCAGAUGUCCUCGUUGUUUUUUAUUGCACUGUUCAUUCCAUAAUGUGAACCAUGAGAAAUUCCAAAGCUCUGUGUGGGGGGA